AGAAGAAGGCCAAGGUCAUUGCAGUAAUGAACGCGGUGGAGGAGAGCCAGGGCUCUGGUGAGACUCAGAAGGUGGAAGAAGCCAGCCCGCCUGCCAUGCAGCAGCCCACAGACCCGGCCUCCCCCACCGUGGCCACCACGCCCGAACCUGUGGCUGCCGAUGCUGGGGACAAGAACGCCACCAAAGCCACCGACGAUGAGCCCGAAUACGAGGACGGCCGGGGCUUUGGCAUUGGGGAGCUGGUGUGGGGGAAACUACGGGGCUUUUCCUGGUGGCCGGGUCGCAUCGUGUCCUGGUGGAUGACCGGACGGAGCCGAGCCGCUGAAGGCACACGCUGGGUCAUGUGGUUCGGAGACGGCAAGUUCUCAGUGGUGUGCGUGGAGAAGCUGAUGCCGCUGAGCUCCUUCUGCAGCGCCUUCCACCAGGCCACCUAUAACAAGCAGCCCAUGUACCGCAAAACCAUCUACGAGGUCCUGCAGGUGGCUAGCAGCCGUGCGGGCAAGCUGUUCCCCACUUGUCAUGACAACGACGAGAGUGACACAGGCAAGGCUGUGGAAGCACAGAACAAGCAGAUGAUCGAGUGGGCCCUGGGGGGCUUCCAGCCCUCUGGCCCGAAAGGCCUGGAGCCCCCAGAAGAGGAGAAGAAUCCAUAUAAAGAAGUCUACACAGACAUGUGGGGUGAGCCUGAGGCGGCUGCCUAUGCACCACCCCCGCCAGCCAAAAAGCCAAGGAAGAGCACCACAGAGAAGCCCAAGGUCAAGGAGAUCAUCGACGAGCGCACCAGAGAGCGACUGGUGUACGAAGUGCGGCAGAAGUGCCGGAAUAUCGAGGACAUUUGCAGCUCCUGUGGGAGCCUCAAUGUCACCCUGGAACACCCUCUGUUCAUCGGAGGAAUGUGCCAGAACUGCAAGAACUGCUUCCUGGGGUGUGCGUACCAGUAUGACGACGGCUACCAGUCCUACUGCACCAUCUGCUGCGGGGGUCGCGAGGUGCUCAUGUGUGGGAACAACAACUGUUGCAGGUGCUUUUGCGUGGAAUGUGUGGAUCUUCUGGUGGGGCCAGGCGAGGCGCAGGCGGCCAUCAAGGAAGACCCCUGGAACUGUUACAUGUGUGGGCACAAGGGCACCUACGGGCUGCUGCGGCGACGGGACGACUGGCCCUCCCGGCUCCAGAUGUUCUUCGCUAACAAUCACGAUCAGGAAUUUGACCCACCGAAGGUUUACCCACCGGUGCCUGCCGAGAAGAGGAAGCCCAUCCGGGUGCUCUCUCUCUUUGACGGAAUUGCCACGGGGCUCCUGGUGCUGAAGGACCUGGGCAUCCAGGUGGACCGCUACAUCGCAUCGGAGGUGUGCGAGGACUCCAUCACCUGUUUGGAGCAUGGCCGCAUCGCCAAGUUCAGUAAAGUGAGGACCACUACUACGAGGUCGAACUCCAUAAAGCAGGGCAAAGACCAGCAUUUCCCCAUCUUCAUGAACGAGAAGGAGGACAUCCUAUGGUGCACUGAGAUGGAAAGGGUGUUCGGCUUCCCGGUCCACUAUACCGACGUGUCCAACAUGAGCCGCCUGGCCAGGCAGAGACUGCUGGGCCGGUCCUGGAGCGUGCCGGUCAUCCGCCACCUCUUCGCUCCACUGAAGGAAUAUUUCGCCUGUGUGUAAGGGACACGUGGGGGCCAACUGA